AUGUCAGCAGCACGGCCAGAUGGAUGGACAGAGUCAGGGGGCCACGGAACACAGACGGACGGUGACGCAGAACAGCCGCUGGACCACACAAAACAGUCAGUGGUUGAUGCGAAACAGUCGGUGGAGAACACAAAAUUACUAGUAUACGACACAGAACAGUUAGUGAAGAACACAAAAUUACUAGUAUACGACACAGAACAGUUAGUGAAUAAGGCAAAACAGCCAGUGGAUAAUGCGAAACAGUCGGUAGCCAACGCAAAAGAAUCAAUGGAAAAUGCAGAAAAGUUAGUGGACAUUGCAAAACGGUUGGUACACAACACAAAUUGGUCAGUGGACAACGCAAAACAGUUGGUGGUCGACGUGAAACAGUUGGUAGACAAUGCGAAACAGUCGGUGGAUAACGCGAAACAGUCGGUGGACGACGCAAAACGGUUGGUAGAUGACAUGGGAAGGUCGACACCUCUGACAACAAUGUGCUGGAAUGGAAACCUGGAAAUGGGAGUCGUCAUAUGCUAUAGGGUAUCUAAUGCUGAAAAAUUAAUCGCAUUCUUUGAGGGCAUUGAAAGCAUUGUCAGGUCUCGAACGGCACAGAGGCUGGAGGAAAAGCUUGCAGAUCAGUCUGCACACUGGGCACAGACUGUCACCCACAGCACAUUUUUGACUGUCACCCACCGCACAAUUUUGCCUGAUCUGAAUUUGGAUAUGGAAAGUUUUGGGGUUAAAAUCGUUUGGUUGGAGUUCAAGGAUUUUAAUAUUGUCAACUUUCCUGCCCUGCCAGCCCAUAGGAGGGCUCAGACAAAUUGA